AGUUGGAUGAAUCGUUUGAUGAGUAUCGGUUCGAUUGUGCGAGUUAAUAAGUGAAUCGUUUCGCGGUUAAAAACCAUAAUAAAAUAAAAAACAAAACACAAAACAAGAGUAUCGCAAAAAUACUAAGUAACAAAAAGUAUCUACAGAGUAUAAACAGAACUAGUCAAAAAAACAAGUCAACAGUUUAGUAGUUUAUAAACAUUGUGUGAGCUGGUUGCUGGACAUACGGGUUUAAGCACAAGUUUAAUUCGUUGUAUUUUAGAAUACAUACUUAUAAAAAUUUAAAUUAAUAUAUAAAUUAAAUUAAAACAAGUGAUGAGAAUUCUUAAUAAUUUCAUGCAUCCAUUAACGUUGACACUUUUGGCUGUUGUCAUUCACUUGUCAUGGACAGUGGAUCUUAAGACAAACGACCAUUUAAUAAGGGAUAUACUAGUGCCAAAUCAUGAAAAACGCUGGAAAACCCCAUCAGACGGUGUGCGUCAUACAAAUCCUUUGUUAUCGAAAUUUUCACGCACUACUAAUAAACAAGUAGAUGAGAGGAUUUCUGAUAUUAUUGCCGAAAAUGUUUUGCAUUUUGGUCAUAGUCUGGGCUUAGAGUUGGCUGCUUUGGAUCCCUACGCCACCAGAAGUGAAAUCUUCUCACCUCUGAGUAUUAUGGGCGCAUUAUCACUGUUAACAUUGGGUGCUAAGGGCAGAAGUUAUCAGGAAUUAAAACAAUUGCUUGGCCUUGAUUCUGAUAGUGAACUCAUUCAAAAUCCCAGUAAAUAUCACGAAGAAUUUGGUCUAAUGCUAAAUGACAUGCAGCAUACAAACGUGAAUAUCGGUGGUGUUAAUAAGCGUCCAAAUGCCAAUUGGCGUUUUACUACACUGAAAACGGCACCGGUACGUGCGUCCUCAAAUCGUGUUAAACCGCCCGUGGAGCAUAUCAUCAAAGUGGCAAAUGGUUUAUUUGUACAAAGCGGUUAUACAUUAAAUCCCGAUUAUAGUCAAGUCCUACAAUCCAUAUACGAAUCGGAAUUGCAACAAUUAGACUUUCAGACUAGAAGCAGAGAGGCUCGCGAUCAUAUUAAUGCCUGGGUCGAUAAAGCUACUUUUGGAAAAAUUCCCCAAGUUAUUACUGGCGAAAUAGAGAAAUCAACAAACAUAAUUCUUGCCUCUGUUUUGUACUUUAAGGCAUUUUGGGAGACUUCAUUCUUUCCCAGAGCGACACAGGAAGAUUAUUUCUAUCCCGAUGGUGUACACAAUCCACCCAUUAAAGUACAAAUGAUGCCCACCGGAGGUAUAUUUCCCUUUUAUGAUGCCAAAGAAUAUGAUUGUCGUAUUAUAGGUCUACCCUAUAAGGGCAAUGAAACUACCAUGUAUGUAAUACAACCCAAUAAUUCCACCCGCCAAAGACUACGAGAAUUGCAGUAUACUUUAAAUGCUCACAAAAUAAAUGGUAUGAUUGAUAAUAUGGAACGUAAGACUACGGUAAUGGUCUUUCCCAAAAUGCAUUUUACCCGCACUAUGAACAUGAAAGCUAUAUUAAAAAAUAUGGAUGUCCGUGAUAUAUUUAUAAAUGGUUAUAGUGAUUUGUCAUUGAUUGGUGGUAGAUCCAGUUAUGCAUCGCCACCUUCUCUUCCAAUUCCAGCACAAGCAGCAGCACCAGUUUUUGGAAAAUUUGCCCCACCAAGAAUUGGUGGUGUAUCAUUUGAGUCCAUAGAUAGAAAAAAACCGGUUUAUCAAAGCCACAAUGUUUUGGAUAGAUUUGCUGAACCGGGUCUUAUUUUUUCCUCCAGAUUUGGUGAAAAUGGGGAAACUAGCAACAAUACUAUGGCUGCAACUCAUAAUAAAACCAUGACAGAGUCCAUGGAAAUGUCCUCUACAACUGAAAAGCCUUCAACUACAGUUACUACAAAAUCGUCUGAGAAACGGGAAAAACGUCAAGUUCCUAAUUAUUAUCGUGAUCCUGCUACAGCCGCGCUAUUCAAUUUAGAAGCAGAGCGCCUAAAACCCGAUUCAUAUCGGGCCGAUCUUUUUGUGGAUGACAUUAUACAUAAAGUCGAUUUUUCUGUUGAUGAAGAGGGUACUGAAGCGGCCGCUGCCACUCUCACCUAUUUACAUCGUUCUGGUACAGAUGUAGUUUUUCGUGGUGACACACCGUUCCUAAUUCUCAUUCGUCACGAUCCCACAAAAUUACCUCUAUUCUAUGGUAUAAUUAAUAAACCGGAAUUGUAAAUAAGCAGUGAAUGUGUGGAAAAAACACACAUUUAGAGAAGACUUGAUUGAUUUAUUUUUUUUUUGUGAUGCAGAGAUACAAUUUUUUAUAUUAUUUCUAUUGUUGAUGACUAUAUUAGUAGCAUUUAUUAUAAUAAUUUAAGUAAUGUGUACACAAAAUAUUGUUUUUGGUACUAUAUAUAUUGUAUAACAAUAUUUUUUAUAAACCUAAGUAAUUUUAAUGUGCAUUAAAUUAAAAAAUAUAUAUAUAAUUAAUAACGCGAAACAAUUUGUGAAUUUUAGUAAUUAUUAACGAACAGUGGAGCAAAUUGGAAAAUAAAUGACAAUUACAACAGCGUUACUAUUGGUACGACUGGAUUAAGAA